AUGAAUGAACGAAACAUGACACGAAUGGGUAAUCCUCCUUCUUAUCUUUCGAUGAGCAGAGGUGAAUUUGAUAUCACCAAAUAUUCGAAGGAUUCAAAUCCGAUGGAAAAGAACAAUUCGACUCAUUAUUCUAGAGCAUCACCAAUGAGCUCUGGAGAUGCAUCAUCGAAUAUUAGGUCUUCCCAAUCAUUUUCUCAAAAUUAUUCGUCAGCCUCAGUGUCUUCUCCUGUGCGAUCGUCCAUAACUAAAACUCCACCCUAUCAACAUUAUUUAUCGUCACCAAAGGAAAAAUACUCUUCGAAAAGCUUAACCUCAACACCGUCAUUCCAAAGCUCUGGUAGCAAUUUCAGAGCAAGCACACCAAGCAGCACUCGAACAGUUUCAACAGCAAAUUCCCAGUCUCCUUCAACUUCCAUCCCACCUUAUUCAAGCCAAGCGUUUUAUGAUAACAAGAAUUUCGUUUCUCCGCUUAAAAAGAAAGAAGAACCUCUUUCGAAGCGAACACCAAUAUCAUUCAAAAGACUUGAAUUUUCUGCAAUGAACAGAAAUGCCAAGUUCAUUGAUCGAUGUAUUAUUAUUUCUUCAGAGAAAGAUUAUUUGACAUAUGGCAUGAAAACUUCAGCUUUAUCGAUAUGCUUAGAAAUGGGAAUUCAAUUACUUCACAAAGUGAUCGAUGUUAUGUCUUUAAAGAAAAUCUCAUCUUCAGUGAUAGAUGAAGUCUUAAAAAUUGGAUCUCUUCAAGAUCCUCAACAAGGAUAUUUAAAUGUUGAUGGUCUUCUUCAGCUAAAUGAAAGAUUUAAACAAGCGUUGACAGAAUGUUAUUCCAUAAAUUUAGAGACAAAAGAAAUUGAGAAGACAAGUUUGGUCAUUGAAAAAAUUCAAAUGAAAAGAAAGAAAAACGUACUUACCAUCUUACAGCAAAAAGGGUUUUCGAUUGCGAUUUUUUCUAUUGUAGAACAUGAAAUGGAAGACGUCAUUCAUGUUAUUUUCGACCCUUCAACUCAAACAACAAGUGGAAUUCUCCAUGGUGCGAGCUUUUUACUCGUGACAGGAAUUGGCUUUACUGAAUAUCUGAAUGAUUGGCUGUUGUUUUCAGAUGAAGAGUCUAUUAAUUGUUCCUUCUUUAUUAGGAACGAAAAUAACGUUUUUAAAAGAUUUAGUUUUACUGACGAUGAAGAAAAUCGAAAAGAGAUAAAUUCUCCUUCAGUAAUGUCAACCUAUGAGGAAGAAAAGCGUUUAAGCAAAGAUUUGAUGCAAAAGUUGGAGCUGCAAAGAAAUAUUAUUGAUCGAUUAGAGCAAGAGAUAAGGUCCAAAGAAUCAUCACUCCUGCAAGAGCAAGCCAAGCAUUCAAAAUUCCUAGAACAAGAGCAAGCUCUAAUGCAAAUCAGGCAAAUUUUGAAAGGUGUACAAUAA